AUGGCAACCCAACAAUUCCAACCUUCCUUCGCCGACACAACCGACUUUGAAAAUGCAAAGCGGGGUUUCAUUGGCGCCCUUGAUCCUUGCAUCAUUCGCUCUGCCGACGGCCGGGUCGUGUGGAAUAAUGAUGAAUACAACUUCCUCGCCGAAGAGUGUCCUCCAACGGCCAACUCGAAACUCUGGCGACAGGGUCAAUUGCUCAGCAUUCAAGGACUAUUCAAGUCGACCAAUGGUAUCUACCAAGUCCGUGGAUUAGAUCUGUCCAACAUGACGAUCGUCGAAGGAAAGGAGGGUGUCAUUGUUAUCGAUCCUCUGACCUCGGUGGAAACUGCUGCCGCGGCCCUGGCACUGUAUAGAAAGCACCGUGGUGAUCGCAAAGUGACCGCGGUCAUCUAUUCCCACUCGCAUAUUGAUCACUUUGGUGGUGCUCAAGGGAUACUCCCGGUCGCGAAGUCCCACUCUAUUCCGCUGAUCGCCCCCGAAGGCUUUAUGGAGGAGGCAACCAGUGAAAACCUGUAUCUUGGAAAUGCAAUGCGUCGGCGUGCCGGAUACAUGUAUGGUAAUCGGCUUCCAAAGGGCCCAGCUGGGCAAAUUGGUUGUGGGCUUGGAAUGUGUGUUCCUAGCGGUGUCAAUUCCUUGGUCCCACCAAACACGAUCAUUUAUAAAACCGGCGAAGAACGUGUGGUCGAUGGGGUACGAAUCGUAUUCCAAAUGGUGCCCGAGUCGGAAGCUCCUUCAGAGAUGAACUUUUAUUUCCCGGAUCACCGAGCUUUGUACAUCGCCGAAUGCGCAGUGCAUUCUCUACACAACAUCAUCACCUUGCGUGGAGCUCAAGUCCGGGAUGCGAAAGCUUGGUCUCAAUAUCUGGAUGAGUCUCUAGUUCUCUUUGGAAAGGAAUCAGAUGUGAUGCUGGCUGGUCAUGCUUGGCCGACCUGGGGCCAUGAAGAUAUCGCAAAGUUUAUCGGGGAUCAGCGAGACCUGUAUGCCUAUAUCCACGACCAAACGGUUCGACUGAUGAAUCACGGCAUGACAGGCAUUGAAAUCGCGGAGCACCUAAGUCUGCCACCUUCACUGCAGAAGUCAUGGUUUGCGCAGGGAUUCUAUGGAUCUGUUAGUCACAAUGUCAAAGGCAUUUACCAACGGUACCUGGGCUGGUUUGACGGGAACCCCGCUCAUCUCUGGGAACAUCCGCCAAAGCAAAGUGCCAAAAGAUAUGUCGAGUGCAUGGGCGGAAUUGAAGAGGUCGUGCAAAAAGCAAAAAGCUUUGCCGAAGACGGCGAUAUGCGAUUCGCAGCGACACUGUUGGACCAUGCCGUCACAUUCGACCCAUCACAUACUGGUGCAAAGACAGCAUUAGCGUCCGUCUUCACAAAACUCGGUCAUGGCUCGGAGAAUGGCACUUGGCGCAAUUUCUAUCUCACCGGUGCUCUGGCCUUGCUUGCAGGAAACAGACCCGACCCUCGACAGAGCAUGAGUACAGGACUGAGACCGGAGCAAAGUGUUGAACAAUGGCUCACUUUGUUGUCCAUUCGGUUGGAUGGAAUCAAGGCAGCUGAAGAGUGUUUCUCCAUUCACUUCCACCUGACAGACGACCAGCGAUGGUGGCGGGUGAAUAUUAGCAAUGGAGCCUUGACUUAUAGAGAAGCUGACAGUAAUGAGGGCAUCCACGGUGAAGCGAAUCUGACUGUGCACUUGACGAGACUUGAGCUCUUGCAAGUUUUGAGUCGGGGCAAUCUGGAGGGUACCUCGUAUGAAGGAGACGUGGACUUGAUCAACAAGCUUCUGUCAUUGAUGGAGGGCUCUGAGAAGCCCGGGCAGAUGCGUUUAUAG